GGCUUCGGGCCAGGGGGCGGGGAAAGGCCACUGGGAAGGCAGUGGGGUGGCAGACUGAGGAAGUGAGGGCCCCUGGGGAGAAGGCGGCGCACAGCCAGAGGAAGGGAGCUCCGGAUCUGCUGCCCCGAGGACCGGAGCAUAUCCCAACACCAUCAGGAAUGUCUGCUUUAAGUGGAAAAGUACAGACUGUUCUGGGCCUCAUAGAGCCAAGCAAACUGGGCCGCACCCUAACCCAUGAGCACUUGACAAUGACCUUUGACUGUUUUUACUACCCACCGCCUCCAUGUCAUGAAGCUACCUCCAAGGAACCUAUCAUGAUGAAAAAUUUAUUUUGGAUUCAGAAAAACCCAUAUUCCCAUAGAGAGAACCUUCAGUUGAACCAGGAGGCUGAAGCCAUAAGGGAAGAAUUGUUAUAUUUCAAAGCUAAGGGUGGAGGGGCUUUGGUGGAAAACACCACCACUGGGAUCCACAGGGACGUGCAGACACUGAAGUGGCUGUCAGAGCAGACCGGAGUCCACAUCAUAGCUGGAGCUGGGUUUUAUGUGGAUGCAACUCACUCUGCAGAGACCAGGGCCAUGUCAGUGGAACAGCUUACAGAUGUCCUUAUUAAUGAAAUUCUCCAUGGGGCUGAUGGAACCAGUAUCAAGUGUGGAGUUAUUGGAGAAAUAGGCUGCUCCUGGCCAUUGACUGAGAGUGAAAGAAAGGUGCUUCAGGCCACAGCUCACGCACAGGCUCAGCUUGGCUGUCCUGUCAUUAUCCAUCCUGGACGGAACCCCCGUGCACCAUUCCAGAUCAUCCAAGUACUGCAAGAAGCAGGUGCAGAUAUCUCCAAAACAGUGAUGUCCCACCUUGACAGGUCUAUAUUUAAUAAGAAGGAGCUGCUGGAGUUUGCUGAACUCGGGUCCUAUUUGGAGUAUGAUCUCUUUGGUACAGAACUUCUUCAUUACCAGUUCAAUCCAGAUAUUGAUAUGCCUGAUGAUAACAAAAGAAUUCGAAGGGUACGCUUCCUGGUGGAUGAGGGCUAUGAAGACCGAAUUCUCAUGGCACAUGACAUACACACGAAGCAUCGUCUGAUGAAGUAUGGAGGUCAUGGCUACUCUCAUAUACUCACCAACGUUGUUCCUAAAAUGUUACUUAGAGGUAUAACUGAGAACGUACUUGAUAAGAUACUCAUUGAGAACCCAAAGCAAUGGCUAACCUUCAAAUAGGAUGGUGGUUUAAGAAUGUAGACCUUAAGGCUGGGCGUGGUGGCACACACCUUUAGUCCCAGCACUUGGGAGGCAGAAGC